AUGAUAGCCAAUUUAUGGGGAAUUGAUAUAUUUAAAGCACUGGAAUAAGGCAUUUACGAUGAAAAUUAAGAUGGGAAGGUUUUUCAAUUAGUAUCUAAACUUGUAUUUAUACGAUAGGUAUUUGGAAAAAUAGUGGUAAUUGUUUACUCUAAUGAAUAGCUGGGGUUGCAAAUGGAAUUUACUAAUUAAUAAAAGAUAAGGAUGAUAUCAAUUUGAAUAGAUUUAUUAGAAAAUUCUUUAAAUGUGAUUUAUCGGAUUUUCAUUAAUAAGUAAACCAAAAUCAAUAUCUUAUUUGAAGAAAAAUCAAGAAUACAAAUUUUAUUUCCAAAAAAAUCUUAGAAUUCAGAAUUAAUUGCUCCAAUAGACUAAUAAAUAAAUCUCUUUUUUAUAAAAUCAAAUUUUUAUUCUAGCUCUGCA